AUGAAUCAAAACUACAGCGGCGACACAUGCCAGGCCUAUGUUGAGGGGUCGAGUACUUCUUAUGGAUAUGUGCCUUCUUUCGCAGCGGGAGUUGCGUUUGUUGCGCUCUUUGGCUUGUCCAUGGUAGUACACACCACGCAAAUGGCUUUAUUACGAUGUUGGUGGUGCGUUGUUUUCGCAAUUGGAAGUUUAGUGGAGAUACUCGGCUGGGGCGCUCGGAUAUGGUCGAACAAAUGUCCCUACGCGCAGACACCUUAUCUCAUGCAGAUCACCACCUUGAUUAUCGCACCCACCUUCUUUACGGCGGGAAUUUAUAUUCUUCUGGGACGAUUGAUCCGUAUUUGUGGCCCACAGUCUUCAGUUCUUUCACCGAGACUGUAUCUUUGGAUAUUCUGCACCUGCGACAUUAUUUCCCUGGUUGUUCAGGCCGCCGGAGGAGGUAUGGCGUCCUCCGGAGGGGGAGGUCAAUCGUCGUCUCCCUCUUCCUCAAGCAGCGCAUCAUCCGUGUCUACUCGAGCCCAAACCUCCUCAUCCAGCAGCAGCAACCAAACGACUGGAACCCACAUCAUGGUCGGUGGCAUCAUCUUCCAGCUCAUCUCAAUCACCGUCUUCGUUGGUUUUGCGGGAGACUUUCUCUGGCGUGUCCUGAAGAGAUCGAAGUCUGUAGUCCCCAAAAGUGGGACUAUGCUGGCGCUCUUUGCUGCGACGGCCUUUUCGGUUCUCUUGAUUUACAUUCGGAGCAUCUACCGCACGAUCGAAUUGAUGGAUGGAUGGACUAGCUCGACGAUGCAAAAUGAGAGCCUUUUGAUUGCACUGGAUGGCGCCAUGAUGGUUCCUGCUGUCAUCAUCUAUAAUCUCUUUCAUCCGGGUUGGAUGCUAGCGAAGAUUGAAAGGAAUGGGGGGAGCUUUCCUUCUUCCAUUCCUCUACUCAGUGAGCAGGAGCUUACUGAAAGGUGCCAGCAGCAUUGGGAGCCUAAUAAACGGAUCGGCAUUUGA